AUGAAGCAAUCUGCUUGUAUCUGUGCGGUACCUCUGAACUUGGGUUGUGCCGCGCUAUCUGAUAACCAACCUUCACGAGGCGUGGAAGACUCUCAUCCGACCAGCUCUUCUCCGUACAUACAGCCGUCUCUGGAUGCCAACAGGAAUAUGGCUGCGGACGUGAGCCGCGCGCAUAGCACGACGGCGACCCACGGUGCGGAAUCUGACGUGAAGUGCGAAUCGAUGGAUUACAACCAGCUGGAGUACAAGGAAGGCGUUGAAAUGCUCAAGACAUUUUGCGAGAAGAACCGGGCUAUUAGUGGAUCAGUGUACCCGGCUGUCAUGGAUACCACAGCCGUGUAUAUCUGCGCUGGGGAGGAUUCCAAUGAUGUUUGCGAGCUGACGGAGUGGAAUACAGCUGAGCAGCUGGUUGACCAACGCUGUGGGACUGGGCGCAUGGGCACUGCGCGGGUGAACAACAAAAUCUACGGGAGGAGAAGUCCUGGCAACUAUAAAUGCUAA